AUGAAACAUGGCAACCGUAACGCUCCCAAAGCGAAACCCACAAUCGUGAUCGUCGCCGGCGCCUGGCACACCCCAAUCUACAUCGCCCCCCUUGCAACAGCACCCUCAUCGCAAUCCUAUCCCACUGUCCCUCUCGCCUUACCCACCUCUGGAAAUGCCAAUAGGGGUCUCAUUAACGAUGUCGCAAUGAUCACUUCUCGCUGGGAGGAUGUGAUUGGUGAACAGGGCAGAGAUGUAGUCUUAGUCGUGCAUUCGUACGGCGGCAUAUCCGGAAGUGCUGCCGCUGGGCCUUUCGUACGAUCCGUGAGGGAGAAGCAGGGAAAGGAUAGCAGUGUAGUUGCGAUACUGUCCAUGACUUCGCUAGCGAUUCCAAAAGACACUUUCUAUGCUGCGGGCGACCGGGGGGAAGCAUGCGUCGUUUGUGAUGGAGGAUUUGCCUAG